AUGGAGCUUCUUUCACACUUGGGCAUCUCGGCAGCGCCCAAUCCAACAGUAGAGCUGGUUCUCUAUAAGUCACGUGGUUACGUUUCCUUGUGGCUCGUGCUGACGGCGUGCGGCUGCUACCACAUGGUAUCCCUAGGUCUGUCGUUGGCUUCAGUCUUCUUUCCUGACUUGGCAGAGUACACCAAAAGAAUGGCAGGGAUGUUGGUCUGGAAGCUCUGCAUCUUUUUGAGCGAGCUCAACAGAGUCAGCAUUGACGUGGAAGGUGACUCUGUUGACCCGUUUUCGGCGGUUCUUAUUGCCAACCAUCAGCUGCUUGCAGACUAUAUAGUCUUGGCUGCUUUGGCUCAGAAGCUGGGAAACCAGGGAGAAAUCCAAUGGGAGGCGCUUCCACAGAUCAAUUUUUUCACGUGGUUCACGUUGGCCCGUGCCCCUUCAGCCAAAGUUCUUUUGAAUAUGGCCCGAAGCGACGAAAACUGGGAAUUGGCCCAGCUGCAAAGCGACAGGUUGUUUCACAGAGUCAGAGACUCCAAUACGCCAGAAUGGGUGGUUCUUUUUCCAGAAGUCAACAUCUGGACGCCUGAAACGUCGUAUCUCCAGGCAGCCCAGGCUCGCCGGUACUUUCUUCCAGAAAUGCACCAGGUCUUGUACCCUAGGUUUUCGAGCUUUUCCAACGCCGUAUGGCUGCUUAAAGCAGAAAAGCUGCCCACAAAAGCACAGAAGUUCUCCACUUUGUACGAUGUCCUGAUAGUGCACAGCAAGCCCGUGACGCUUCUUGAAUUCUUCUCGUGCAAGGAUCCUCACAAAGUGACGACGGGCCAAAAUGGAGCGGUGGCUUGA